AUGUAUUUGCAAAAGCUUCGUUCCGGUCAAGUGUUGUGCUUGUUUUUUGCCACCUACGUCAUUGUUGUGCCAGGCACAGGAGCAGCUCCCAAUUUACUGACUAGUUAUUUGCCUGCUUCCAUGCAAGCGCUCGCCUAUUACAUCGACUAUUUGCAAUACGAGCCAAUAUCGACUACCACAGUCGAGCCACCGUUUAGUGUAAGCGAUGACGAAUUGACUAAUACAUUUAAUGCUUCACCAACGACAACACCGUCACCAUUCUCUACAAGUAAACCCUCAUCGUGGAUCUCUAGUGGUUCACUAUGGGGUAGUACGUCUACCAAGCCUCCAACAACACGACCACCACCAACACGACCAUCACCAAAUCAAAGCACCACAACGUCUAGCUGGUGGCAACCACCCAUUUGGUGGCAUUCCACCACAACAACUACCAAGAAGCCUACAGCGCCGCCAACACCCACACACAAACCAGGUCUUUAUGCGCCAGUAAAGUCGCCACCAAUCAAAACUCAACCGCAGCAACGUGUAGGCCAAGAGGUUUUCGAUGAAAUUGGCGAUAAUACAGAGGGCUUUGAUAAGUUGACAUUAGCGCUAAUACGUGACAUUCAAACUGAGACAGAACACGACGAAUUCACCAACGAUGUGGAGUCCUUGGAUAAUUUUUUGCGCCUUUACGAUGACAACUAUGGUCGUGCUGCAUUUGAUACCGACAAUACGUUGGAUCGUUGGUCCAGCACAUCGACAGCAGGUAAAAAACGUGUACCACCCACAAAACCGUAUGUGGAAUUUCUACUUGUCUAUGAUCUGUUGAAACGUGACGCUAAAGCGGCUAACCUUAGCAAAUACGAGGGCUAUUCGGAGGAGCUGUUGAGAGAUUUGCACGAACUGUCCAGUGCUUCGGCGGAACGCCAACUGUAUACGCUUUUCAAGCGUAUGUUAGAUCGCGGUGAUGUACAACGUAGCGACGUAGUCUCUCGCAUCCAGGGUAUAAUGAAGGACCUAGCCAAUCCGAAGAGUGCUACUGUAAAGGAGUUGCGCUACAUUCCAGCUAUGCCAUUUGAGCUAUGA